GCCCCGAGCCCGCCCCGGGGCGGGGCCGCGCAGGAGCGGCGGAGGCUGCGGGGCGAUGGAGGAGAGCGGCGGCGCCUACGGGGCGGCCAAGGCCGGCGGCUCCUUCGACCUCGGGCGCUUCGUGCAGCAGCCGCAGGUCCUGGCGCGCAUCGCCAGCGCGGUCUUUGCUCUGAUUGUCUUCGCCUGCCUGGUUGGGGAGGGCUACACCAACCUGUCCACCUCCUCCAAGCUCUUCUGUGUCUUCAACCACAACGAAGAUGCUUGCCGCUACGGCAUUGGCAUUGGCGUCCUUGCCUUCCUCGCCUGCAUCUUCUUCUUCAUGGUGGACAUCUACUUCCCCCAGAUCAGCAACACUACCGACCGCAAGUACCUGGUCCUGGCGGACCUCACCUUCUCAGGUCUCUGGACGUUCCUGUGGUUUGUCGGCUUUUGUUUCUUGACCAACCAGUGGUCCUGGACACCAGCUGACCAUGUGCGCGUUGGGGCUGACUCAGCCCGUGCCGCCAUCACCUUCAGCUUCUUCUCCAUCUUCUCCUGGGGCCUCCUGAUCGCCUUCGCUUACAAGAGGUACAAGAUGGGGGUGGAGGACUUUGCCCAAAGCUACGUCGACCCCACCCCGGAGGUCCCAACUCCCUACUCCAGCUAUCCCAACAUCAGCCAUGACAGCUACCAGCAGCCACCCUUCACCCAAACCGCAGAAGGCCCAGAGGGCUACCAACCCCCCCCAGUGUACUGAGCCUCUGCCUGACUACGCGGUGCGGCACAGCCAGCUGUACCAGUGCAAUUCUCUUCUUGGGGGUGGGAGGGGAGGGACCUGCCACUUGAAGGGGGAAGGUGGGAUGGGAAGGUGGUGGUUGCUUUACGUGAAGGCCACCAGGGCUAGGGUGCAGGAGGGGCUCGGUCCUGGUUGUGGAGCUGAGCUUCUCCCUGCUGGGAUCUGGAGUGUGGUGUGGAGCAGAGAUUUGGCACGUAGAGAUUGGGUGAUGUGCAACCACUGAGCACAGCCCUGCGGCUCCAGGGAGGGUGGGUGUGCAUGGCAGCCUGGCAAGGCCGAGCGCCUACCCCCCCUGCAGUGCCCUCAGGAGGAGCUAGGGGAGUGAGGGUGCGGCUUGCAGCCCCUCUGCCCUAGUGACUGCUGCCCAGGCCCCUCCUGGCAUCGGUGCCUUUACAGCCCUGCUGGCUACAGCCUCUCAGGUGCCAGUUCCCGCUACCAUAGCGCAGCUGAGCAGUGUCUGCUGCCAGCGUCCUGUGCCUUCCCCCUCAGCUGCUGCUGGGUGAGCUUGAUGCCAAAGCUGUCUUCUUUUGACUAUAAACUGCCAUGCUGUGCCUUCCCACAGCCUGCGCUAGAGCUGCCAGUCCUCAGAUGUUGCAGUUUGGGAUCUGUGGGAGCAACAAGCGCUGGGCUGUGGGGCUAUGGCUUCUCCAGAUGUCCAUGGAAGGUCCUGGAGCUCUGUCCCUGCUGACUUGGUACUCGGCCCUUCUUGCUUGCCUCCACAGAAGCGAGGCAGUGUGCACCAUCCUGCCUACUGCUCCGUCCUGCCUGCUGCUCCAUGGGCAGCGCCACACUCCCAGCUGCCCCGGCAGUGCGCGUGCUGGCUGCCUGGCUCAGGUUAUGUUUUCCUGCUGCACCUGUUGGGGGGCAGUUCCCAGCAGCAGUGUGUGCUGUGCGAGCUGUCGCUGUUCGAGUAGCCUUCAAAUAGUUGUUUGACACUGUAGAGAUGGAAUAAACUUUUUCACCUCACC